GCCAGGAAGAGCUCAGGAGUCAGAAGCUUGGUGGGAAGAAGGGGGAUUCCGGACUAGAAAGGGUGCAGGAGAAAGCGACUGGGUUCUGUCGGGGGAGAAGAAGGAUAAGGGGUUAAGGCCCAGGAUAAGGUAGACAUUUAAAGGGGCAGAUGCCCCAAGAGAAGAGCCAUUUAAAGGUGCAGAUGCCCAACUUAGAGCAGACACUUGAGAUCGGCUCGGCAGACAGAAGACAUUUAAAGUGGUUCACUCGACCCCGGAUCCUCUGUUCCCAGGCCAUGGCCCCCAGUGUCCUGUAGACCUGGCGAGACCCCUGUGCUUGCGACCCCUGUCUGGGGGUCUGGGUGGUUACUGGAGGGCCUUGCAGAGGGGCAGAGAAGGCAAGACCAUGGCAUCUAGGGCGUCCGAACCUCCCCCAGGGCGCAGCGUCACUGCGGGCAUCAUCAUUGUCGGAGAUGAGAUCCUCAAGGGACACACUCAGGACACCAACACCUACUUCCUGUGCCGGACUCUGCGCUCCCUGGGCGUCCAGGUCUGCCGUGUCUCUGUCGUGCCGGAUGAGGUUGCCACCAUUGCAGCUGAGGUCGCCUCUUUCUCCCACCGCUUCACCCACGUCCUCACGGCAGGGGGCAUCGGCCCCACUCACGACGAUGUGACUUUUGAGGCUGUGGCACAGGCCUUUGGGGAUGAGCUCAAGCCGCACCCUGAGCUGGAAGCAGCCAUCAAAGCCCUGGGAGGGGAGGGCUGGGAGAAGCUGUCGCUGGUGCCCUCCUCUGCCCGCCUGCAUUACGGCACCGAUCCUCGCACUGGCCGCCCCUUCAGAUUCCCGCUGGUCUCCGUCAGAAAUGUCUACCUCUUCCCAGGCAUCCCGGAGCUGCUGCGGAGGGUGCUGGAGGGGCUGAAAGGACUCUUCCAAAACACAGCUGUUCAGUUCCACUCCAGGGAGCUGUAUGUCGCUGCUGACGAGGCCGCCAUUGCCCCCAUCCUGGCCGAGGCCCAGGCCCACUUUGGGCGUAGGCUUGGCCUAGGUUCCUACCCCGACUGGGGCAGCAACUACUAUAAGGUGAAGCUGACUCUAGACUCGGAGGAAGAGGAGCCCCUGGAGGAAUGCCUGGCCUACCUGACCGCCCGUCUGCCCCAGGGCUCGCUGAUCCCCUAUGUGCCCAACGCCGUGGGGCAGGCCAGCGAGGCUGUGUACAGACUUGCUGAAUCAGGGUCUUCUCUGGGGAAAAAGGUGGCAGGUGCCCUAGAGACCAUUGAAACUGCCCUGGCUCGGUACAGCCUCACCCAGCUCUGUGUGGGCUUCAACGGGGGCAAGGACUGCACCGCCCUCCUGCACCUCUUCCAUGCAGCUGUGCAGAGGAAAUUCCCUGAUGUUCCAAAACCCCUCCAGAUCCUGUAUAUCCGCAGCGUCUCUCCUUUCCCUGAGCUGGAACAGUUUCUGCAGGACACCAUCAAGAGGUACAACCUGCAGGUGUUGGAGGCUGAGGGUGACAUGAAGCAGGCCCUGAGUGAGCUGCAGACACAAUACCCCCAGCUGGAGGCCGUCCUGAUGGGUACCCGCCGGACCGACCCCUACUCCUGUAGCCUCUGCCCUUUCAGUCCCACCGACCCGGGCUGGCCUUCAUUCAUGCGCGUCAACCCACUGCUGGACUGGACCUACAGAAACAUCUGGGACUUUCUGCGUCAGCUGUUUGUCCCGUACUGUGUCCUGUAUGACCGGGGGUACACGUCACUGGGGAGUCAACAGAACACAGUGCGGAACCCCGCUCUGAAGUGCCUGAGCCCGGGAGGACAGCCCACCUACCGUCCAGCCUACCUCCUGGAGAAUGAAGACGAGGAGCGGAACUCCCGCACAUGACCGCUCACCCAGGAGGGAGGCAGGGAGGCUGCCCUGGGGUGUGACCUGUCAAUAAACCGUGCCUCUCACUGUG